AUGGGCUCAAUUCAAGUCGAAAACUACGAUGUUAUCAUUAUUGGCGCCGGUCUCUCCGGAGUCUGUAGUCUAUACCAUUUACGCAAGCGCUUCCCUACCUGGCGUAUUCGAGUUCUUGAGGCCGCCGACAGCGUCGGUGGUACCUGGUACUGGAACCGCUACCCAGGUGCCCGUGUCGACACUGAGGCUCUAUCUUAUGCCUUUUCCUUUGACAGAGAGCUGCAGGACGAAUGGUAUUGGAAAGAUUCUUUUGCGGCCCAGGCGGAUGUUCUCCAGUAUAUCGAGCGCGUCUCCGAAAAACACAAUUUAGCCAAGGAUAUCCAAUUCGAGACCCGUAUCAAGUCUGCCCACUGGCAAGAUAGUGACCGCACUUGGCUGUUUACGGACAAAAAAGGUGCUCAAUAUCAGACCCGAUUUUUCAUCAGCUGCAUGGGAUUCUUGUCUUCGCCAUCCCUGCCUGCAAUUUCUGGUAUCGAGACCUUCAAGGGCGAAGCUUUUCACACUUCUCGCUGGCCGAAAAACCUUAAUAUCAGCCGUGAUUUUGCCAAUAAGCGCGUUGGCGUCAUCGGCACCGGAGCGACUGGAAUUCAGACUAUUACUGCGUGUUCGAACGAGCCCAGUGUUCAAUCUGUGACAGUUUUCCAAAGAACUCCCAACUGGUCUGCACCUCUACGCAAUGAAGAAAUUACUCUAGAGCAAAUGAAAGAGCACUGGAAGAACUACGAUGCCUUGUGGCAACUCUGCCAUGAGACUCCCAGCUGUUUCUUGCACCAGGCUGACCCGCGCAAGUCCCUGGAAGUAACUCCUGAAGAGCGUCUCGCUCUAUGGGAAGAUAUCUACGCCAAACCUGGAUUUGCCAAGUGGCUGGGUACAUUCAGCGACACAUACACAAAUCGCGAAGCCAACAAACUCUACUCAGACUUCAUGGCCAACAAGAUCCGAGGGCGUGUCCACGAUCCCAAGGUGGCGGAGAGUCUCAUUCCUAAAUGCCACGGCUUCGGUACGCGGCGUGUGCCACUCGAAAGUGGCUACUUCGAAGUUUAUAACAAGCCCAAUGUCCACCUGGUGGAUUUGCAACAAACCCCUAUUGAGAAGAUCACCGAAAAAGGAAUUCAGACAUCUGAUGGAAAACACCAUGAUCUUGACGUCUUGAUCUACGCUACUGGCUUCGACGCCAUCACCGGAGCCUUUAGUGCCAUCGAGUGGCACGCCAAGGAAGGCCAUCCCCUUCUAGGAUCCAGUGGCACCAAGCAGGGCGAGAAAGCUGUCUGGGUUGAUCACCGCCCGCAGACCUAUCUCGGCCUGACAGCCUGCUCUAUGCCCAACAUGUUCAUGGUGCUCGGUCCCCACCAGCCAUUUGGCAAUGCGCCCCGGACAAUUGAGCAUGCUGUUUCUGUGGUUCUUGACUUGUUGCAAUACUGCAAGGAUAACAAUUACUCGUAUAUUGAGCCAACGCAGCAGGCUGUUGACGAAUGGACCGAGCAUGUGGUGGAGUGCAGCAAGGGGUCUCUUUCUAACGAAGUGGAUAGUUGGAUGACUGGUGUGAAUAAGAACAUCAAGGGAAAGACGGCUCGCAGUGUGGCGCGCUACUCAGGGUCUGCGGUUGAGUACCGUCGGAGAUGUGCUGAGUGCAAGGAGGCUGGGUGGAAGGGCUUUACUUUUGCGAAGACACCCCGGACAUCUAAUAUCUAG